CAACAAAUUUUAGUGAAAGACAAACGGAGAACAAUCUGGUCUGCUGCUAAAGAAAUUUACACACAAAAAUUAAAAUAAAUAAAACAGAGAGAAAGAAAAUGCGAAAAAGAGGAGACCUUUGUGGCUUUGUCUAAUUGCCUCCACUGACUCCUGAAAAAGAAAAAAACGCGAUAAAAGCAGGGAAAUUCAGUUCACCGACAAAGCAAGUCUCCGUUGAAAAUCCGAUGCAAUCCACUAACGGAGACGGCGGUGAAGGAGGAAGUGGAGAGGGGAAUCGAGGUGGGUUAUCUAGGAUCCGUUCAGCUCCCGCGACUUGGAUUGAAACCCUACUCGUGGAUGAUGAAGAAGGCGAUUUGAAACCUAACCUCUGUUUGACUGAGCUUCUUACCGGAAGCUCGGCUCGUGACUCAUUUGAGUUCCCGAACUCCGUUGAGCAGGGAUUGUACAAUCACCAAGGUGGUGGCUUUCACCGUCAAAAUAGCACUCCGGCGGAUUUUCUCAGUGGCUCUGGAGCUGGGACUGAUGGGUAUUUCUCAAAUUUUGGGAUUCCGGCGAAUUACGACUACUUGACGCCGAACGUUGACAUUUCUCCGGCGAGUAAACGGUCGAGGGAAAUUGAAGCUCAGUUCUCUUCUCAGAUGAAAGAAGAGCAAAUGAGUGGUGGUGUAUCAGGAAUGAUGGAUAUCAACAUGGAUAAGCUACUUGAGGACUCGGUUCCUUGUAGGGUUCGUGCUAAACGCGGUUGUGCAACUCAUCCUCGUAGCAUUGCUGAACGGGUGAGGAGAACGCGAAUAAGUGAUCGGAUCAGGAGGCUGCAAGAACUUGUUCCUAACAUGGAUAAGCAAACCAACACUGCAGACAUGUUAGAAGAAGCUGUGGAGUAUGUGAAAGCUCUUCAAAGCAAGAUCCAGGAGUUGACAGAGCAGCAGAGGAGGUGCAUAUGCAAACCUAAGGAAGAACAAUAAGUUUGAAGAAAUUAAUCUUUGCUUCAUAUGGAUUUGGCAAAGUAUUCGGAUGAUUUGAAGUUUUGAGUUUUUACAAGUGAGCUUCUGGUUUGGUAUAGUUUAAGAAAAGACAGAGUUUGUUCUAUAGACAAGUGUUCUGUCAAUAGCUGUAUCCUAAAUCAGAUAAAGCUUCUUGAAGAUGUUCACAUCCAGUGAAGACAGUAAGAGAAUCUCAGAGACAAAGGCGAUUGAGAGAUUGAAGCAUACAAAUGGAAUCAAAGUUGGGUUUGAUCUUUGUGUUCCGGAGGAAUCGACUCGUCCGAGUUCAAGUCGGUGACUUUGCCGAAGAAGAUGCAAUCCUUCCCCUUGAGCGACACGUGGAGCCAGUUAAGAGAUGGAGGCACGUGGAUGGACAAUUGCCUUACUCCUGUUCAUCCUUAUCAUAUAAUUUAGGGUUUAAUUGGGCUCAGUAUUUGUAAUGGGUUUGAAUUCCAUUUGUAACAAAAAUUGGCCUUUGGGCUUUUAAUAUAAAGGUUGACAAAAAAAAAAAGAAGAAAAAAUAGAUUAUUUGAUGUAUGUUCUGAGCUGUAAAAGUUUUGUACAAUAAGAAGAAAAGUUUAAAAAAUCAA